AUGCCAUUUGAUCCUAAGCUGUAUGAGAAGUACGAAUACUACACGGUUACUCAAUUGGAGGAAGGAUUUAUCCAUGUUCAGUAUACCAACCCCAAGACCUUAAACGCAUUUACAGAUCAAAAUUGGAAAGAUUAUGGAGAGAUUUUUACUAGAUUAGAUAAGGAAGAAGAUGUCAUUUUGAUUGUGUUUUCAUCCGGGGUGUCCAAAGCGUUUUCUUCAGGGUUGAAUUUGAAAACCGCUAUGGAAGCCAUGAGCAAUUUCGGUGAAGCUAGUGAAGAAGAAAGGAUUGCUCAUUUGCAUAAACAUAUUGUUGAUUUCCAAAACGCAAUUAGUGUUCCCGCGCGCAUAAGCACGCCUACAAUUGGUGUUUUGAACGGUAUUAAUUACGGAUUGGCACUUGAUAUUUCAAGUGCCUUUAGCAUUAGGAUUGCUGUUGAAGGAGCACGUUUCUCAAUAGCCGAAGUAAAUAUCGGAAUUGCUGCUGAUAUCGGCUCUUUGCAGAGAUUGCCAGCACUUGUUAACAACAAGUCAAGACUCAUGCAACAUGCUUUAUUGGGUGAUAUCUUUGAUGAUAGAGAAGCUCUAGAACUUGGAUAUGUAAGUAUUAUACAUCCCUCAGUUGAGCAUGGUAUUGAGCAAGCAAAAGAGUGGGCAGAAAAAAUCCUUCAAACUCCACAAUGGGCUAUUAAAGGUACUAAAAAACAUAUUCAAGAUAUGUUGAAUGGACAAAACAUGGAAAAGGGCUUAAAGGAUAUUGCUCAUUAUAAUUCUGUUUAUAUUUCCGGCUCUAAGUUGAAGUUGCUAGUACGUCCCUAUACAUCAUGUAGCAUUCCUACGGGCAAUAUUCUAGCGCGGAGCUUUCUGGAAGAUUCAGACAUUAGAUUACGAGAACGAGAAGGAGAAGGAGAAGGAGAACACCAGCAGCAGCAGUUUGAGUCAUUAACGGUGAAAGAUACGCUUUCCCGUGCGCCAUCGAGAAAGCUUAAGUACUCGUACAGACAUAGUUCUGUGUUUGCAUCUACAGUAAAAGAGUUUCAUGGCUCGCAAAUUAAAACCGAGCUAGUCAAGUCGUUGGAUCAAAGUGAAUUUACAAAAUUGGCAACUGUGCUAGAAGCAUGGUCUUAUAAUGACGUGAAUGCAAUGAUUACGACGUUGGGCAGGGAAACCAUAUCCGAAUAUAUAAGUCUAAUUAUUGGUCAAAAUAGGGGUCAGGUUAGAAGACACGAUAUAUACAACAGCGAACAUUUGACGGGACAUCGAUUGAUUACCAGUGAUUUUGAAAAUUUAAUGGAAUUAGAAUUGAUCUAUUUUAAGCCCGAUCUAGCAUCUAAAUGGUUCAGAUCGUUUAGAAACGAGCACGGGAUAAAUUGGAAGAAGGCAAUGACACCUAAACUAUGGACUUUAGCAUUUAGAGUGGAUGGUUUUGGAGAGAAUAGAUUGUGGACUAUACCACGCAGCGAGCUCUCUAGUUAUUUUAAAAAACCGGCAAAGUCCAAUUUCAUUGGGCUAAAUAGAAAACCGAAAUUGAUGUUGCAAGACGUGGUAGAUGACUUGAGUGAGUUUGAUUUGGAUUUUCACAGUGCUGCAUUACAACAUAUGGCAUAUGCGGGUCAGAUGUCCAGUUUCAAAGAAUAUAUCAAGUCAGUGUGGGGGAUAGGCCCAAAUGGAGACUUGGUUUCCGACAAGGUUGAUGUAAUGAGCCAUUUGUAUCCCAAUGAUAAACUCUUGAUUGAUAUAUUUGUCUCAUUAUCGUUUUGUGGUGAAUUUUAUACUGGAAUCAAGUAUAUAAAUGGGUUCCAAACAGCAUACGACCAAAUGGAAAGUAAAACAGGCAGCAAAGCGUUUUGGGAACAAGUGUUCAAGUGGGCAGAUAUAUCUACCAGGUAUGAGAACGAUAUAGCAUUAAACUAUUUCUUGCGGAAAAGUAACUGUUCCAAAGAAAUGUCCUUGGAAGAUGCCAAACAGGAUGUAAAUUUCGACUAUGAGGGGUUUUUGCAGUUUCUAGAGAAAUUAAAGAAUGAGCGCAUAAACACUUGUGAGCAAAUUUGGAAAGGGGUUCACGACCAAAAAACCUCUCCUGUUCCUUUUUCAAACCUGAUCUAUAAGACAUAUUUGGAUAUCUUGAAAGAAAAUCCUGAUGAAAAUAAACUAUAUGAAUACAUGACUUGUUUAUUAAAAGAGUUUCACAGAUACCAUACUGACGAUCAAGAUUCAUUUACAAGACGGCUGGGUAUGGGAUUUCAUCGCGAAAAUUCAAAGUCUGAAUCCGUAUGGAUUUUAUACUUGGAAGCAAUGAAGAUGCUUAUCGAUUUGAAGGGAUUUUCUCCAAGUCUUUGGCAAGUCUCGGUGCUUAUUGACAAAUGGAGUAUAGACAAGAAAAUGAAAAAGGAGUUAUCACAAUGGGUACAAAAGGAUAGAAUGAAGAGAUACAAAGAGGAAUUGGAAAUACAGCGAGAGAAGUUUAUGGCUAAUUUGGCAAAGGAUGACGAGUCACUACUUGAGUUGAUGUAA